UGACUAAAAACAAAUCCAUUGAAACUAAAAUUGAACAACUUGUAAAAGAAAAUAUCUAAAUUGGAUUGUAAUCAUACCCGCUCAACAACAUUAAAACAAGAAAAAAUAUUUGCCGAGAUUAAUGACCGUCAUUCUUCUAUACUGUUGCAACGUUGCAACGUUAUUAAUAUAUUUAAUUUAACUGAAACCCAGUCAACGGCUGACGACAAACUAAGUACUUCUAUUAUAUUUCGUCAAAUUUAUGUCAUUGUUGAUCCUAUAAGUGUUCUACGUUUGGGUAAAUUAUCAAAUAAAAAUAGGCGUUUUUUUUUGUAGUAAUAUUUCUUUAGAAAAUCAUGACAUUAUUGUUCUAUCGGAAACUUGGUUAUGACUUACGACUGCGAACUUGGUACUUCUUCCUAAUUAUAUCAUCUUCCGUUGUGAUAGAUGCAGUGUUUUAAAUAAUGUUACUAUGGAUGUUGUUCUAAUUGCUGUUAAAAACAAAUAUCAUUGCUGUCGUGUAACUAUCCAGAAUAAUAAUAUUGAACAACUAUUUGUAAAAUUUUCUUUUAUAUUCUUACUAGCUCUUCGAGCGUCGCUGGGGGAGACCCCAAACCCCCCGUGGUUGGCGAGGAGUGUUGUCGAUGUCGGAAGCUGCAGUGAUCUUGUGGUCUGGUCGUCGGUCUCGACUUUCGAGCUAGACAGUAGACGGUGUAAUGUGUAAAGGUGAUACGGAGUUAUGGUGAGAAAGGAUCUGUGAAUAGUGAUAAGAAUGGUGGAUUUGUGAUAAGGAUGGUUGAUAAGUGAUAAGGAUUUUGGAUUACUGAUAAGAAUGGUGGAUUAGUUAACCGGAGAGCUGUAAGUUUUUUACAAAUAAAAUUCAAAUAUUUCGGACGGUCCAACUAAUCAUACUGCUGCAGAAACCGUAAAUUAAGUAAUAAAUUACGUGAAAAAAAAAUGUAAAACAUUUCGAGCGUCCAUGCAAAUCAUAUAGCCGCCGUCUUUGUUUGAGUGUCUAGCAGAUAAAAAAAUGGUGCAACUCACUCCAAAUUUAGAAACAUUGCGCUCGGCAAUUCAUGAUUUUUCGUUUUCAAUGUAUAAGGAAGUAGCUAAAACUGAAACGGGAAAUAUUUUCUAUUCUCCAUUCGGUAUCCAUUUGAUUAUGUUUAUGGCUAGUACUGGAGCAACUUCAAAAACAUUUGAUGAAAUGGUAGCCACUAUACAUCUAAACGAAUCUUCUCAUUCAAUGGAAACAUAUAAAAAAUUAUUGGAAGGCAUAAAAAGUGGAUAUAAUAAUCUAAAGCUGGCAACAGGAAUGUUCGUUGAUACAGAUUUCGAUGUUAAAGAUAGUUUUGUGGAAAACUCUAAGAAAUAUUUAAAAUCUUCAAUAGAAAAAUUGGAUUUCAAGAAUAACCCAGAAAAACAGCGAAAAUAUUUAAAUAAUUGGGUUUUAAUCAAAACCAAUAACAUAAUCGAAGAUUUUUUUUCCAGCGAAGGUUCAAUUACUCGAGACACUGAUUUAGUAUUGGUGAAUGCUGUGUAUUUUAAAAGUGAUUGGGUACAUAAAUUUAAAGAUGUUUAUGAUGGCUAUUUUUAUGAGACUCCAAGCAACAAAGUAACAGUCGAAAUAAUGACUCUCACACGUGAUUUAAAAUACUAUCACGACACUGUUCUAAAGUUCAAAGCACUUGAAUUACCUUAUGAACACCAUGGUUUUAAAAUGAUAAUUUUACUACCCGAUGAUAAAGAUGGUUUGAAUAAUCUAGAAAAUAAUUUUUCAAAAUUUAAAUUACACGACAUUUCAGAGAAAAUGACCCAGGAAUAUGUUGAUGUCAAAUUACCUCGUUUCAAAAUAGAACAGUCACUGGAAUUAGAUAAAACAUUAUCCAAUCUUGGAUGUCCAACAAUGUUUACACCUGGAUCCGCAAACUUUUCUAACAUCGUUGAAGAUGGUAAACUGUAUGUGACUAAAGUCUCGCAUAAGGCAUGUAUUGAUGUAAAUGAAAACGGAACUGUAGCGACAGCAGUUACUGGUAUGUCACAUAUGGUUUUCUCAAGUCCGUGGUCAAGACAGUCUAAAUAUUUCGUUGUUGAUCAUCCAUUUAUAUUUUUUAUUUCAACUAGGUGUAAUUUCAUUAUGUUUGUUGGUCGAAUGACCAAAAUUGAUGAAUAUGUUAUGCCAUCUUAUUUCAGUUUUUUUAAGAAAAAUGGGUAAUUUUCUUUUUGAAUAACAUUAAUUAUGUUGAAUCAUAUAUAUUAUAUUUGUUCAUUUAUUUUGUUAGUAAUUGUUAUUGAUUUAUACUAAUAAAUUAGAUAAUAAAUAUUUUA